GGAGAGUGGAUGUUCCGGGCUGGCAGAGUGUAGCUGGUGUUUGUGGGACAGGAGGGUGACACAGGGGGUGGGGGAGGAUUGUUGCAGGGCUGCUGGUUUAAGUCAAGAUGGUGUUUGAGUCCUUGGUCGUGGAUGUGCUGAACCGCUUCCUGGGGGACUAUGUUGUGAAUCUUGACAGUUCGCAGCUGAAACUCGGCAUAUGGGGAGGAGCAGUAGCACUAAAGAAUCUUGAAAUUAAAGAAAAUGCGCUGAGUCAGCUGGAUGUGCCAUUUAAAGUAAAAGCUGGCCAUAUUGGAAAGCUUGAUUUAAAGAUCCCCUGGAAGAAUUUGUACACUCAACCUGUGGAAGCGGUUUUGGAUGGAGUCUACCUGCUUAUAGUGCCUACUGCCAGUAUAAAAUAUGAUGCAGAGAAAGAAGAAAAACAGUCCUUGGAAGCAAAACAACGGGAACUUCAGCGCAUUGAAGAAGCAAAGCAAAAGGUUGCUGAUCAGGAAAAACCAAAAGAAGAAAAACAGGACACAUUUGUUGAGAAGCUAAUAACUCAGGUCAUUAAGAAUCUUCAAGUGAAGAUUUCCAACAUUCACAUCCGGUAUGAAGAUGAUAUCACAAAUCCUAAGUGCCCACUAUCGUUUGGAGUGUCGCUUCAAAACCUUAGUUUGCAGACGUCGGAUAAAAAUUGGAAUCCAUGCUUACAUGAUGAAUCAGCCAAGUUAUUUUACAAGCUUGUACGCCUUGAUAACCUGUUUGCCUACUGGAAUGUGAAAUCAGAUAUGUUUUACCACCGAAGUUAUGACACAGCUUUGGAAAUUUUGAAAUAUGGUAUUGCUGCACGCAACACCAUUCCUGAAGGCUAUGAUUUUGUGUUCCGUCCAAUUUCAGGAAGAGCAAAACUCCGUAUGAACCCUCGUUCUGAUGUUGACUUUUCCUCACCAAAAAUUGACUUGGAUGUAAAUCUCCAGGACAUAGCAAUUGAUUUUAAUAAACCUCAGUACCACAGUGUAAUGGAACUCUUAGAGUCUAUUGACUUGAUGUCCAGAAAUUUACCAUACCGGAAAUUUCGUCCAGAUGUUUGUGUUGCCACUAAUGCCCCAAUAUGGUGGAAGUAUGCCAUAACUAGCAUAUUGGAAGUCAACAUAAAACCAAGACUUCAUAUGUGGUCAUGGAAACGUAUUAGAAAACACAGGCUGCAAGUCAAGAAAUAUAAGGAAUUGUACAGAAUGAAGAUAACGUCAAAGAAGCCUUCAGAGGAAGUUCUUUCCAAAACUGAGGAAUAUGAAAAAGCGUUGGAUAUAUUUAACAUAACAUUAGCAAGACAACAAGCUGAAAUGGAGGCAUGCAAAGCUGGUCUUAAAAUCUACAGGCCUGGCUCAAAAGAUGAGGAUUGCAAUUCCAAGGGAUGGUUUGGUUGGAUGUGGGGCUGGUCUGGGGAAACUGCUGAGAAAAAAGAGGAUUUCAAAUCUGGAAGUCUUGAAGGACUGAUGUCACCUGAGGAGAAAGUAAGGCUCUAUGCAGCCAUUGGAUACAGUGAAACAGCUGUUGACCCAACUUUGCCAAAAACAUACGAAGCUAUGCGUCUCUGUGUCAAGCUGCUAAGCAUGUCAAUUCAAUUACGAGAAGAUAAGGGAAAAACAGAAUUGAUCAACUUUGCCAUAACUGAUCUGAGCACAGUGUUAAAACAGCGCCCAGGAGCACAAGCAAUUAAAUUUGAAGCACAGAUUGGCACUUUCGAAGUGACGGGCACACCCCAGGAAAAGUCAGUGCCUUGUGUCUUGUCUUCUCGAAAUCUGAUUGAAAAUAAUAUUUCGCUAUUGAGCCUUAUGUUUGAAACCAACCCACUAGAUGAGCGUGCAGACCAAAAACUCCAAGUGGAGUCCCAGCCUCUAGAAAUAAUAUAUGAUGCAAAAACCAUCAACAAUUUGGUAGAUUUUUUUCGACCUCCACAAGAUGUACAUCUUGAGCAACUGGCCUCUGCCACAAUGACAAAACUUGAAGAAUUUCGGGACAGAACAUCAACAGGAUUACUGUAUGUCAUUGAAACACAAAAGGUUCUUGAUUUAAAAAUUAACUUGAUGGCUUCAUAUAUCAUUGUUCCUGAAAAUGGAUUUUAUGAGCAAUCAUCAAACUUACUUCUUUUGGACCUUGGUAGUUUGAAGAUGGUCAGCAAAAGUCGCUCACACCUUCCCCAACUGAAAAUAGGACAGAGCAGCAUUGAAGAUAUUAUGUCACGAGCAUAUGAUAGUUUCGAUGUGCAACUUAGCAAAAUGCAGCUGCUUUAUAGAAAAAACAAUGAAGACUGGAAGAAGGCCCGCAAUCUGAAACGUUCAUCCCUGCAUAUUCUAGAGCCAAUGGAUCUAAAGGUGGAAUUCAGCAGAGCAAUGGUUGUUACUGAUGCCAGGAUGCCGAAAUGUAAACUGUCUGGAGAACUUCCUAUACUUUCCAUUCAGAUCUCUGACCAAAAACUGAAGGGUGUGUUGGAACUGAUAGACAGCAUUCCCAAACCCGAAAGUCCUCCUGAACCAUAUCCUUCCCCCCAAAAAAUUGCUAUACAAAAAUCAACUUCAGUAGUGAAUACUCCUCAACUGGCACCAAGAAGACCCGCUAUUGUGGACCUUCCUUCUCUUAUUGAGUCUGAAUCUGAAGAAGAGUUCUAUGAUGCUCCUACAAGCCCAGUGGAUGAAAAGCCAUUUUUUGAGGUGUCUAGUGGGGCAGUGGCUAGGACAGACAGUCUGAGAAAAAAGAAGUUAAAAAGACAGGAGACUCAGAAAAAUAUGACUGAAUUUCAGAUGAGAUUUGAGAUCCCAACUGUUACAAUACAGUUAUGCAGCUUGUCAAAAGAUGUUGAAAAGACUGUUUUGCACCUGGAGAUAAUGGGAUUAGGCACUGAGCUGAAUGUUCGGACAUUUGAUAUGUCUGCAAAUGCUUUUCUGCGAGAGAUCUCCUUGAAAUGUCCACAGUACACAGAUGAUGAAAAGAGACCAGUUUAUAUUAUUACAACCUUGGAUAACACUACAGAUGAUCUGUUAACUUUGGAGUACAUAAAGGCUGACAUAAAUGGACCAGAAUUCAAGACUACUUAUAAAAAUGUUGAACAGCUUAUAAAGGUGAACUUUUCUUCUUUGGAUAUACAUCUGCACACUGAAGCUCUUCUAAGCACAAUGAGCUUCCUAACAAGUCUUGUCCCGCAGUCUGAAAGGAAGGAAAUGGACCAGCCUGUCCAAGAUUCAGAGGAGGAAAAAAGGGAAGAACAAAAGAAAACAACAAUAAAAAAAUCUAAGUAUGAUGACGUUGUAAAUCUACAUGUGUGUGCAGAGCUGUCCUGUCUUCGUGUUUUUAUCCGCGGGCAGAAAUGUAGGAUUUCAGAAAUAAGUAUUGAAGGACUUGACUCUCAAGUGGUAAUUACGAAGAAAGCAACAGAAGUUUUAGCAAAAUUGAAAAAUAUUGCUAUCCUAGAUUGUGACCCUGAAGCCAAUUUUAAAAAGGCUGUUUGCAUUAAGGGAAAAGAGUUUUUCAGCUUUAAAAUGGUGUCCUAUGUAGGUGCUACUGAAGGAGAUGCUUACAGAGAUAUGAGCGUGGUGGACAGCCAUAUCACACUAAAUGUUGGAUGCAUACAAGUCAUUUUUGUUAAUAAAUUUGUUUCAGCAAUUUUGGCUUUUAUCAAUAACUUUCAAGCUACUAAGCAAGCCCUUGCUGAAGCCACAGUACAUGCAGCUGAGAAAGCAGCAUCAGGAGUGAAAGAGUUAGCCCAGCACAGCUUCCGUUUAGCCUUGGAUAUCCAUGUUAAAGCGCCUGUUGUUAUUGUACCACAGUCAUCAAAAAGUUCCCAAGUCCUUGUUGCUGAUCUUGGUCUCAUUACAGUGAAUAACAAAUUUUCAAUCGUAAUACCAAAAAGUCACAGUAAUCUACCUCCUGUGAUUGACUCCAUGAUGAUAAACCUGAGUGAACUGAAGAUGUACAGGACUGUAUAUGAGAAUGGAUCAUUACAAUCAGAAUUACAACUGUUGCAGCCAGUGAACUUGGACAUCACUAUCGAACGCAAUUUGGCAGCUGAUUGGUACCAUGAUGUUCCUGAUAUUAAAAUUAUUGGACAUCUUAAACCUAUGAAUCUAAUACUUGGGCAGGAAGAUUUGACUCUUAUACUCCAAACGCUGAAUGAGAAUUUAGGAGAAACCUCAGAACUAUUUCCAGCUGAAUCAGAUGAUGAGACUUUAGUUAGUGGGGACAACAGUAGUUCCCACUCUGCAGGGACAACUGUAGUAACAGCUGCUGUUGUGGAAACAUAUAGCCCUGUUAAAAUCAAAACAACACUAAAAUUGGACUUCCAGUUUGAUUCGCUCACAUUAAAUUUGUACAGUGGCAAAACAUUUGUGUUGCAGGGAAGUGUUCAUGAAAGGGACAGUAGCCUAAAACUUGCUGAAUUUAAAUUAGGUUUAAUAUCUUUGGCUGUCAAAAUGUCUUCUGAUGGGACUGUGAAUGCUGCUGUUAAACUAACAAACUGCUUACUGGAUGAUAAGAGGCAAAGUGUUCAGAAAGCUACACCCAGAAUGUUAGAAAUGAAGGUCGGUACUGAGAAAAACGUCAUGGUUGAUGUCAGUUACAAACAAGGGAGAGAGGGUACCAUACUAGAUGUUACUGUACGUGACGUCUACUUGUGUGCUAGUAUGGAGUUUCUUCUUACUGUAGCAGACAUUUUUUUGAAAGCGAGUCAGCAGAGUUCCAAAGCUGAGAAGAGUAUCAAGCAGACGUCAGCUCCCGUAAAGGAAUCAGCUCCUACACAGCAAGUCUCAAAAAUGGAAAUGAAUGUAGUGGUUAAAAAUCCAGAAAUUGUUUUUGUGGCCGAUUUAUCAAGAGCAGAUGCACCAGCACUAGUAGUGACUACACAGUGUGAGCUCUGUAUAAAAACCAGCCCUGAAAUGCAGAACAUGACAGCUGCGGUUAAAGACUUACAUAUGAAAGCAUGUCCCUUUCUGUCUGACCAACGUGCUGGGAAAAUCACCACUAUACUGCAACCAUGUGAUUUGUUUUUCCAAAGCAUCCAGUCUAAUAGUGGUCCACAAAUGAUCGAGCUUUCUAUCAAGUCACUUAUGUUAAAGGUUUCUCCGGUAAUUAUAAACACAGUCAUCACAAUCACAUCAGCAAUAUCUUCUAAUAAAGAAGCAGUAUCUGAAGUGACAAGCCCUGUUUCACCAGACCUUUGGAAAAAGAAGAAUUUGAAAGAUUUAAAAAUGUGGUUUUUUGAAGAAUCGAAAGAAAGUGAGAACAAACCUGAGGAAUCUUCUAACAUGGUUUUAACAGGGGAAACCCUGAAAAUGAGCAUUGAGUCGAUCAUUGUGACUCUUGAAGCUGGUGUUGGUCACAGAACAUUACCAAUGCUUUUAGCAAAGUCGUCAUUUUCUGGAAAUGUAACAAACUGGAGUACUCUAAUAAACCUUUACUGUCAACUUGAACUAGAGGUGCAUUGCUUUAAUGAAAUGUUUGGUGUAUGGGAGCCAUUGGUGGAACCACUUGAAGUUGAUAAAACUGAUAGUUUCCGGCCAUGGAACCUUGGCGUUAAGAUGAAAAAGAAAGCACGGGAGCAGAUUUGUGAACCAGAUGGAGAAGAAGAAAAUUACAAAAUUCCCGAAUAUAUAACUGCUAUAAGCAUAUUUUCCAAAGACCAUUUAAACAUCACCCUUUCUAAGUGUGGUAUGGCAACACUAGGAAAUUUGGCAAAUGCUUUUACUGAUGCAGCCAGUAAAAAAUGUGAUGCUUGUAAAAUAGACCAAGCUCCAUUUGUGGUGAAAAACUAUCUAGGACUGCUCGUCUCAGUGUCUCCCAGUGACUCUUUCAAACCAUUAAAUUCUGCUGCUGGAUCAAAAAAAAUAGACCUACAUGAUGGUGAAUGUCUUGAUAUGGAUUAUGUGCAGUCCAAAAGCCAGACAGACCAAUUUUCUGCAAUGACCAGUCUCAGCAGUAAACAUUUCUAUAUCCAGCUAACACCUCUGGACCAUUCUCAUACCGAUAAGAUACCAUUAACCAAAGUAGGCCGAAGCCUAUAUUGUGUCCGGCAUUUAGUGUCUGGAAUUGAAAGAUACAUUGUGUGCCAGGUUGAUUCUGUUGAAGGAACCAAGUGCAUAACCAUACGUUCUCCAUUACAGAUAAGAAAUCAUUUCUCAAUUCCCAUUGGGAUAUAUGAAGAAGGCGUGUGUUUAGGGACUGCCUCCCCAGAAGAUGAAUUUAAUAUUCCAUUAGCUUCCUACAGAUCGGUGUUGUGCUUUAAGCCAGUGCAAGAAAAAAAAUAUGAAAUGAGUGAAGGUGUUAGCUUUGAAGACGUCAUUAAAAAUGAUGGCCUGCUGCUGAAUAUGAAGUGCCAGUCUGCUACAUCUAAAAAGGAUUCCCUCAAGCUAAACAUUGUGCCUGUAAAGGACAUUGUCAUGUCAUCUGAUCACACCAAUGAAGGGUGGCAUUUGCCAUAUGUUGUUCAUUUAUGGCCAACUGUAGUUCUUCGUAACUUGCUGCCUUAUCAGAUUAAGUUCUCAUUGCAGGGUGUUGAUGUUGAUGCAACUUUAGUAGAUGAUGGCUGCAGUACCCAGAUUCAUAAUGCAGCCUUAGACAACACCAAGUUGAAGUUACAAUUGCUGAAUUAUACUGACCAGGGCUGGACAGCAGAAUACCAUAUCCAAAGCAAGCAACAGGACAUCCACUUUAUAAACUUCCGCUGUGUAGCAGAACUAGACAAGUCAGAACUGGAUAUUGCUGUCCAUGUGACAUACACUACAGGUCAAACAAUUAUUGCCUUACAUAGUCCAUAUUGGAUGGUAAAUAAAACUGGGAGGAUGCUGCAGUACAAAGCUGAUGACAUUCACAGAAAACAUCCAGCUGAUCACAAAAAACCACUGCUUUUUUCAUUUAAGCCAAAGAACUUUUUACAGAAUAACAAGGUGCAACUCAUGAUAACAGACAGCGAAUUAUCUGAUCCAUUCUCUCUGGAUACCGUUGGUAGUCAUGGUGCUGUGAAGUGCAAAAGUAAAAAAUUGGAUUACCAGGUUGGUGUCACCAUUUAUGCAAGCAGUUUCAAUCUUACCAGGAUUGUAACUUUCACUCCAUUUUUUAUGGUUGCGAACAGAAGUAACUAUACCUUAUCUGUGGCAGAGGAGGGCUCAGAAAAAUGCAUAACAGUCAGCACCGAGCAGUGUGUCCCUUUUUGGCCUGAAAAUAGCAACAAUAAACUGAUUGUUCAAGUAGAAGGCUCAAAAGCUGCUCCCAAGAAAAUAUAUUUUAACAAACAAGAUAAUUCUACUCUUCUUUAUCUGGGAGAUCAGUUUGGAGGAAUACUAGUGGAUGUGACUCUCAGAGAUCAUUCUACAGUCAUCACCUUUUCAGACUACCAUGCGGGUGCUGCUCCCUUCCUUAUUAUCAAUGAUAUGAAGUCUGAGACAGUAACAUUCUUUCAGAGCUCUGUCAAUGAAGAAAAGGACUGUCUUCCCCCAGGCAAAGCUGUGUUAUAUGCUUGGAAAGACCCCACAAGCGAACGAAAAUUGACCUGGAUUUGUCGGAAAAGCCAGGGUGAAGUCUCUCAAACAGAAGAUAGAGUUGAAUACCUUCGCCUUGAAGACACAUCUGUGUACUUAGUGUCCUUUCUGGAAGGGCUGCAGAGAAUUUUACUUUUUACUGAGAAUGAGAGUGUGUUUAAUGUGACCUUUGACAAUCAGAAGGCAGAGUUAGCUGAACAAGAAAUCAUUAUAUCAUUGUCAAACAUUGGUAUUUCUUUAGUAAAUAAUUACACAAAACAGGAAGUUUCCUACAUUGGAAUUACAAAUUCAGAUGUAGUCUGGGAAACCAAAAAAAAGUCAAGAUGGAAGCCACUAAGUAUAAAGCAGACAGAAAAACUGGAGCAAGCCUUCAAAGAAUACACAGAGUCUAGUCCAACAGACACUAAGAUCGUUGCACUAGAUACCAAUUGUCAGGUUUGCUUAACACCAGAUUUUUCUGGAAUGAAAUUUAUACAGCCUACCACAGAUCCUAUUAGAAGAAGUUUUCUGCCAGCUUUGAAGCUAGAAUAUUCUGCAUCCGCACAUCAGACAUCUAUCAGAUUGCAGGUGUACAGGAUACAGAUUCAGAACCAAAAUCCUGCAGCCAUAUUUCCCUUUGUAUUUUACCCAGUUAAACCUCCAAAGUCAGUAACGCUGGACUCUGAACCCAAGCCAUUAACUGAUGUCAGUAUAGUGAUGAGAACUGCUGGACAUUCAGAAAUUUCACGUAUAAAGUAUUUCAAAGUUUUGAUUCAAGAAAUGGAUCUCAGGAUCGACCUUGGGUUUCUGUAUGCCCUUGCUGACCUGUUUUCGCAAAGUGGAGAUGUACCAAAAGAUCAAGCGAUUGAGCUCUUCAAAAAAGAUGUGGAGUCUUUUCAAACAGAAUUAAGCGCUGUUUCAUCAACUGAUACAUCUAGUAUUAGUGUGUAUGAGUAUUUUCAUAUUUCUCCUAUAAAGUUGCAUUUAAGCUUUUCUCUAAGUACUGGUGGAGAUGAUGGUAAUAAGGAACAAAGAGACAAGGAAUUAAUUCCUGUUCAGUCUCUGAACCUUCUGCUGAAGAGUAUUGGAGCUACCCUUACAGAUGUCCAGGAUGUUGUAUUUAAGCUGGCAUAUUUUGAACUUCAGAAUCAGUUCUAUACAACGCAAGAGCUGCAAUGGGAAGUCAUUAGACAUUAUUCCAAACAGGCAAUUAAACAAAUGUAUGUGCUGGUCCUCGGCCUGGAUGUGCUGGGUAAUCCAUUUGGGUUUUUCAGAGAUCUGUCUGAAGGAGUUGAAGCAUUUUUUUAUGAACCGUACCAGGGUGCGAUUCAAGGUCCUGAAGAAUUUGUUGAAGGGAUGGCACUUGGGGUCAAGGCUCUUGUGGGAGGCGCAGUUGGGGGUCUGGCUGGUGCAGCAUCCCGCAUCACAGGUGCUAUGGCAAAAGGUGUAGCCGCUAUAACCAUGGAUGAGGAAUACCAACAGAAAAGGAGAGAAGCCAUGAACAAACAGCCAAGUGGUAUUAGAGAAGGCAUUACACGAGGAGGAAAAGGCUUGGUCUCAGGCUUUGUCAGUGGUAUAACAGGAAUUGUUACAAAACCAAUCAAAGGUGCCCAAAAGGAAGGUGCAGCUGGAUUCUUUAAGGGUGUUGGCAAAGGAUUAGUUGGAGCAGUCACAAGACCAACUGGCGGAAUUAUCGACAUGGCCAGCAGUACAUUCCAGGGUAUUAAAAAAGCUACAGAUUCUUCUGAUGAUGUCGAAAGUCUGCGUCCUCCACGAUUUAUUCAUGAAGAUGGAGUUAUUCGACCAUACAGAAUGAGAGAGGGUGCAGGAAGCCAGAUGCUACAGAAAAUUGAAAAUGGAAGAUUUGCCAAAUGUAAAUAUUUUGCACAUGCAAUGGUCAAUAGUUCAGACUUACUAAUGGUGAUGAAAAGCGGAGUUCUAUUUGUUACAAGAGGAACGUUCGGCCAACUCACAUGCGAAUGGCAAUACAGUUUUGAUGAAUUCACCAAAGAGCCUUUUAUUGUAAGUGGCCGAAGACUACGGAUUGAAGCAAAGGAACGAGUAAAAUCUGUGUUUCAUGCCAAAGAGUUUGGAAAAAUAAUUAAUUUCAGGACCCCAGAAGAAGCCAAGUGGAUUCUGUGUAAACUGGAAGAAGUUAGAGACGCCCAAACCAAAACCUGAACGUUGCAAAAGAAUGUCCAGCACCUGAGUGCACAGCAGUGUCAAUCAUUUGUAAUAUUUGUGUUAGAUAUUGUACUUUUAUAAGGCAUGACUAUCCCAUCUCUAAUAAUGAUAUACUCUCCAAAUACGAGUGAAAAUGAAUGCCUCCAUCACACGGUAAACCUUGUGGCUUGAAUUUGCACCAAGGUAUCACCUUGUAGACCCUGAUAUUUCAGAUGUUUCAGUGUGAAUUGGUUGGCCUUUAAGUAAUUUACUCUGGGUUUCAUACUUUUACCUCCAACACUUCUGAACCUUGUGCCCUUUCCUCAGCUGAUGUGGUUUAAGCAAAUGAUGCACCUUUGGGCUGAUCAACCAGAGAUCUUUCAGUUUAUUUUCUGGACUGUAGAAAGCCAAUCAGAAGCCAAAAUAACACCAUCACAGGAAAUGUUCUGGGGUCAUGUGACACGCUUUAUCACCAAAGAUAUGUUUUACAUGUCUCUGGUGUAUUAUAACUGUAUUUAAGCCAGAGUUAGGAAUUUACAUAUGCCCCUCAAAGUUGUGCCAGUGUUUGCCUCAAGUUCUAAAUUAGAAGAGGGAUAUUAUUUGUUUGUUUUGCAGAUAAUGUCCCUGUAGCCCUAAAAGUAAAUAUACCCCCCAUUUUGACACAAACUCAUUCAGUUGGGCUUGCUCAGAAAUGCUGUGUGAGCUUUCAGAUAUAAAUGUAUAUAUAUUUGUAGACUAUCCUUGACUCUGGACUGGAAAGGGUCAUGGAUUCUGGCACUUGAAUUCCCUCUGCUUUUCCAGAGAAUCAAACAAUCCAUCAUUUCACAGUGGAACAAAGUAAGUGACCUAUCUUGGUUUCCUCUCAGGCUAUGGGAUCAGGCAUGUCUACCUAAAGAACAAAUUACAUACAUUUAUACUCAUCUGAAAGUUCUGAUAUUUAUCCACCUUUCCCAUGUAAGCCUAACUGGAUGAGUUCAUGUCAAAAUGUGGGAAAUUUUAUUUCAUUAAAGCAUCUUUUGUGUCAUCUGCUGGUUCUAAAAAAAAAAUUCCCUAGAGCGGAAGAGAAAGUGUAAACAAAACAGUGACUGGUGGGUAAACCUGUUUGUGCAGGCCUCACCGGAACAUUUUGCAUGAAAACCAAAGAACUUAGAGAAAAAAAGUGUCCCAGGGCAAGCGGCUUUAUUCAGCAGCAAUAUCACCUUCCCAAGCAAAACAUCUUUUCUUACAAGACCUCAAGUCCUAAUGGGAUCAUAUUUGUGUAUGGAACCUUUUCAUACAUACUAAUGAGAAAUACUGGCACUUUAAAUAUUUUGGAGUAGUAUCAUUAUAUCAGGGAUCUGAUGAAAAUCCAAUGAACUCAUUGUUUCUUAAAAGUUUAACUUUUUUAUACAUGUAGUUAUAAAUAUCUCAUGCACCAGUGUUAAUAUUCACCAAACUGCCUUGUGACACUGUAUAAGUUCCGGCCAGUACAGUAUCUCAAUGCACACAGUAUAUUUAUUCUGCAUUAUUUAUAGAAGUAUCAGUACGUGUGACAUCAGGAAUGUAAAUGCAACUCACUUAACAAACACAUGAUUUUAUAAUAUAUAAUAUGUGUAAACAUGCUUUUAUUAUGUGUUAAAUCACUACUGUUAUACACUCCUGACUGCUAAUAAGAAUUAUGCAUCAUCUAUGCUGUAUGGUUAUGAUACAAGAAAAGUGAAAUCCAUGGGUGGUACAUAGAAGCAGUUAGUAGAUAAAGUAUGGACUUUUUUAAACAAAAGAAGUCAAAAAGCCUUAACUUUGUAAUCUGGUUAUUUGUCCAGCCCUGUGCCAUGAAGUAAAUGGGUAUUCGGAAAGGAUAUAUUUAUUAUAAGGGGAUAUUUAUUGUUGCUUGAAUACUGCAGCUUAUUGAGUUCAAAGCAUCACAUAUGCAUAGAAACAAUAUUGCUUGUAUCUGCUUAGACAUAUAGAAAAGUUUAACCAUUUGUUUCAAAUCUGGAGAAGUGCAGUUGUGUUUUUUUUUUUUUGUUUUUUUACUUUUGAUGAGUUUAAUGGAAGCUCCCACACAAUAUUUAUUGGAUUGUAAUAAAAUAAUAUAUUAAGCAUUUCACUUAUCAGAACAAGUAACCAUUUGCCUUCAAACAAUUCAAGUUCGGUCCCUAAGGAUCUAAGUACCAAACAGCAGACAUAAUUGACAUUUUUGCCUUACCUUCUAUUUGAAACAAUGUAUGUACUAUGUAAACCUCAAGGGAUUGUAUUUUGGUGCUACAAUAUUUCUGCACUAACACAAUGUUGUUAAUGUCUCUUUGGAUUGUAUUUUGUAAGUACACAUAACAACAUGAAGUGGUUCCAUGUUAAGCUCAUACCAUGCCAAGAGAAAGCUUCCUGCUAAGCUGUAGUUACAGAUGUAUGCCUGCGACCUUCCACUUUCCUUGGUUUUACUUUUCAUACAUGAAAUGUUCACAGCAGAAAUGAGCUGCACUCCCAUAUUUCUCCCCAAAUGGAAAUGAAUGUUUGUAAUGAUCAACGGAACUAUGAAUAAACUGAAAAUGCAGCACUG